AUGUCUUAUCCCCGGACCUCGCGCGUGCGGAGGGCAUUGCAAGAGCGCAGUUCAGCUCACACGAAUGAAAGAUCACCAAACCGGUCGUUGCGCAUGGUGUCGGACCAGGAAGAUGUCGAUAUGUAUACCGCGACGCCUUUCCCGACCAAGCCGGAGCAGAUCCUGUUGCCCAUGCCCGGCAAAGGACAGCAAGACUACAUCUCGGACACCGGUUUUAGCUAUUCAGAUCACCACCUAGGACCGUCCACGUCUACGUACUCCUCACCGUCCUUCAGUCAAAGCACCAACAGCCCGCGAGAUCACUCCAUUGGAGAGAGUUGGGAUGUCUCGUCGACUGUUAAUACUGGCCAAUCGCCGCCAGAGCUGUGGGAUGAAGAUCCAACUUCUAGCAAGUCGUCAUUGCCAGACAUUUCAUCUGGUAAAGCGCCCGACUAUGGGUCCGACAGUUCGGAGCCGGAGUACUCUGAUGACGAGAUGAUUGUGCUGCCGACAGCCACGCCAACUAUCAAGGCAGUACUUUCAGAGCCGCCCACCUCGCCAAAGUCUUCUCAAGGCUCCGGGGAGUCGAUUGGCUACUCCAGCCCAAACCUCGAGCAAAUUGGUGCUCCAUCAAGUCCCAAUUUUGUAAUGCUGGAUAACUCGAGUAUGAACUUCCACCGUCCUGCCACUGCAUCCUCAGAGUCAGACCCCAGAACCAACUCGCUGUCUUCGUACAACUCACGGGGUACCGUGGUGAGACACGCCGGCGCCGCUCCCUGGAUCAACACAGCCUCAUCUGAGCAAAUGAGCUACCGCUCUCCAUCAUUUCAUUCCAGUCCGCCCUGGCAGUCCGUGGCGUCCUUCCGCACAACGUCGCGUGCACCAUCUGGCAGCCGCUCGCGUUCUGCGACCUCUUCCUCGCGCAGCCUACGCUCAGCAUCUGACCUGCAGGCAGCUAUUGACAACGGUGUCCCAAUUCAAUACCCGCGUAUCCGCGCGCCAUCGUCAUCAAGCUCCCGCGCCGGAACUUCAGUCACUCCAGAGCGCGACUUCACGCCAGGCCCAGCCUCCGGCCGUUGGAACCCUCACCUGUCAACCGUCUCUUCAAUCUGGUCUGCAGAGGAACCGACCAACCUCUCCGCGCAAGCGGAAAUCCCCUCAGAACCCGAGAUGGCCGAGCCAUCACCACCCCCACCAGCAGCGCUGAAGAGCGAGAAUACACGUUCUUCCGUAUGGCUCGUGGAGUCCUCAAACGACAGCGACGAAGAGCGCCUAGACAGCCUGACAAACCUCCCAGUCCGGCCAAUCUUCUCCCAAAGCCUGUCCUCCGGCUCAAAGCGAAGCAACAGUAACCGCAGUGCGAAUCGCCCAGGCACGGGUACCAGCACCAUCCUCAACAUCCUCCCCACCUGGGCAAAGGUCUACUACCUCCGCGAACCAAUGGGCCUGAACUCAACCCUGUCAAUGAUCGACGCCAGCCGGCCAUCCUCUGUCCGCCCCGGAACAUCCAACUCAAGCGCCUUCAACUUUAACCUCAUGCCCACACCCCUCAACAUCCCCAGACCACGUUCCCCAGAAAGGGAAAGACCUCGCUCCCCAGAGCGCGCGCAAGUUCCAAUCCCCCAGCGCCGCAUCGAAAGCGACCCCCGCGAUCCGCGCGCUCACUGGGUCCCAUCUCCAGAACCAGAGGACGGCGAGUUCGUCAACCAGCGCUACAGGUUGCGCCAUAGCUGGUCACCGCAUCUAUACCCAGACCGAAGGGUCCUGCAGCCCUCGACCAGUGCAUGGAAAGCCCCCUCCCUGGACUCGCGCAAUGAACCUGUCUUUGGACGGAGGAAUAUCCAGGUCUACUCUUUCUGUCUGGGCUUCCUGUUCCCUCUGGCUUGGUGUAUUGCUGCUGUUCUGCCGCUGCCGCCAAAACCUAAGAUGUCGCCUGAGAUGAUGGUGCAUGAAUCCGACUCGGAUAUUGAGGCAGCGCUCGAGGCGCAGUGUAUGAAUUUGCAGCAGCGGCGCCAUGAUAAUGCCCGCUGGUGGAGGAAUCUCAAUCGGUGGAUGAUCUCUCUGGGUGUGGUGAUUAUUGUUAUUAUUAUCACUCUCGCUGUUAUUGGCUCUACGACGGGCUUCUAAGCCCUAUACGACAGUAUCAGCCAACCAUGCUCUCUCCUUCUCUUCCAGCGUGGUUGUGCUCGACUCGCCAUAUUUCAUUUAAUGCUCUCACGACUUGGACUUGCUUUGCCUACGGCUUUACAAAACCUUCAUUCUGACGUUUUCUUUUUUUUUGUGAUUUCUUCACUCACUUUUGACUUGGGCUUGUAGCCUCUACCAACACUCCCGUUUGGCUGGUUUCUUUUCUUCAUUUCCUGUCCUGUUUGAUCUUAUUAAUCGUUCCUCGAUUCACUGAUACUACAGACAUCCCUUUUCUUUUAUCUUCUGACUGUGAUCCCUCGCCUCGGUCUAUCACUAUCCCCUUCUUCUAUUUUUACAGCUCUCCUUUUUUGCCUUUCAAUUCACUGCACACAGUUCGACAUGACCACGACACGAUUCAACGCACAUAAUAUCCCCCCAUCUUGGUUCUACAGUUCCGCUUAUUUUACAUUUCUGGGAUUCUAUUCUACGCAUGGCGCCUUACAGGCUUUUGUUUGCAACCACUAUAUGACGUCCAUGUAUUGGACAUAUGUUUUACUCUUUAUUGCCAUUCUUGAUCUUUACUGAAUCGUUGUUCGAUUUGAUAUUGGCUCGGUGCAUAUUUUUACUCUUCAGUGACCACCUGUGUUAUAUCAUCAUUUUCGAG